CCCGACAGGCCCAUUCCCUUGAAUUUCUUCACAGAGAAAUAUUCCGUUGAGCACGUGGGUGGGGUCGCUACUCACGAAGCCCAUCGAAACACGCUCACUGUUAAUUGAGAGUGACGCGUCUAUCGUGUCUAAUUUUUCCAGGAUAGCGACCCAUUGUACUGGUAACGGCGACUCUCUCCAGGGUAUUUAAGCAGCACGCAGAACGCAACGAACAACCCCAGGCUCAAACAAACAACAAUGCGUCUUCUCUCAAUCGUCUCUCCCGCUCUCAUCUUCAUCUCCGCGUCGCCCUUCGUCAUAGGCGAGGACUGGGUCGUCCAAGUCGGCCUUGCGAACACGUUCACGUUCACUCCGAACGAGAUCUUCCCCGCCAUCGGGGACACUGUCACGUUCACCUACCUCACCAGGAACCAUUCGGCGACGACGACGACCUUCACGUCUCCCUGCCCUCCUCCUCCCGGCGGAGUAGGACCCAACGCGUUCGACAGCGGAUUCGUCGACUCUGUCACCAGCCCCGGAACCACCUUCACCACCACGAUCCUCGACACCGAACCUCACUGGGUCUCAUGCAUGCAAGCCGGCGGGGCUCAUUGCCGCCUGGGCAUGACGCUCUCCAUUAACCCCACCACCAACCAGACCGAGGCCGAGUUCAUGACCAACGCUAUCAACUCGUAAGGAAGGAAGGAAGGGGGGGGGGGGAGAUCUGCCGAAAGGAACUUGUAUGAAUCGUAGGGUUGUUAACCAGAAACCAGAAU